AUGGCGGGCGCCUCCGACCCCCUGGAAGAUAUGCUCUUUUCCGAGGUGGAUGAGAAGGCUGUGAGCGACUUGGUGGGUUCACUGGAAUCUCAGCUAGCUGGCCAGAGCAACUCAACGGGCAAAACCGAUGAAAAUCGCAGCUCUGGCUCAGUUGCCCCCGCUAACCAUCACUUGGGGAAAACACUACCAGCUCCGGUGGGCUCCACAACACUAGAUCAACAACAACAAGGGCGCCGUUUUAAACCUGACGUGCGCCAGGAUUUAAACUCUACGGACAAUAAUUCGGAUAAAACUGUCACAGCACCUUCCCAGGGCUGCACCGCUGCCUCCGGUGAGCCCUCCGCCGCCACCGCUGCCUCCAGUAGCAGCGGCUCUCCAUCACAUGGCGCAUCCAUCACAACAUUACCCGCGUCCGGCGUGUCAACUUCCCCGCCGAACAGCAGCAUCAGCACCGCCGGCACCUACGGGCACCCAGCGAAGGCUUCCCUGGACUCAGGUGAGCCUCACCCAGACGCUUCGAAACGACGCCUCGCCGCCCCGCGUCGGUGCGCCUCGGCUCGGAUUAAGAGUUUGAACGGUGCCGCCGCGACCACCCGAGGGAACAGCAGCAGCAGCAGCCCAACCGAGGACGGUGACGGCAGCCCCGCGGACACCCGGCCGGCGAGUACCGCCGCCAUCAACACGUCGACGUUCACCCUCGCCAACGCCAGCAUCCCUGCCGGUCAGUCUGCCAUCGCCCUGGACCGGGGCACCCCCACCAUCGCUUUGCAAAGACUCCCUAGUCACAUCGUAGCCAGCAUCGCCCAGAACGGGACCAGCCUGUCGGCAUUAAGCCAGCAGGGUGCUCGGACUUCCCCUGUCACUUCGCCCACAUCUGCCACCUCCUCGCCACCUGCGCAGGAGAACCACACUAAACCCACCCCGGAACCCACAGUGGCACCCAGUGAAUGCCAAUCCAAACCUGUCACCACGAGCACUGUCAUUAACACUGUUUCCUCCGUUGCCAUGACAACAACACCCGCCGCCAGCACUAUUGCAGUAACUCAACCUUUAACCACCACAGCUACUACCACCACCACCACGACCACCAUUGCGGCCACCUCAGCGACAACGAGCUGCGUCGGUGGUCAGACCACAUCGGUGACCGCUACAAUCAGCGCGGUCCGGCCCACCAUCGCAGCCCCCGUCACCCCCGCCGUACCUCCUGCACCCUCGCCAACCACGCAGGUCGCGGCCCGACCCGGUCUGGCUGCUCCACAGAGGAUCGUAGCACCACAGCUUAUUGUCAGACCUCCUCAGCAGCAGACCACCAUUCAACUUCCCCCUGGGUUCACCAUACCAUCUGGUAUGGUGCUGGUACGGACUGAGCUGGGCCAGCUGGUGUUGGUUCCUCAGCAAGCUUUGGCUCAAGCUCAGGCGCAGGCUCAGGCGCAAGCUCAGGGUCAGGCCCAGAAUAACAUCUCGCCGCGGCCUGCCACUCCGACCACGGGAGCAUCCUUCAGAGUAACCACGCCUCAGUCUCCAGCAACCUCUCAGGCCACCAGGCAGUGUGCUCUGACUCCAGCCAAGGUGGCACCGUCUCCUUCUCCUGUUCCUUCCAGUCCUGCCCUGCAGACCACCUCCUCUUCUUCUUCUUCUUCCUCUUCUUCCUUUGCUACCUCCUGUCCCGCGCUGCGCCCAAAGGGCCCCGUGGCGCCGGCUGUGGCGGUGACGGCUUCGCAGACCCCCGUGGUUCCGACACCCCAGGCGCCGCCGGUCCAGGUCGCCUCACAUCCCCCGCAGACGACGGGCAUCACCGCCGCCCCUGGAGCUACUGUCGUAUCCCAGGAAAUGCAGGAGAAUGUAAAGAAGUGUAAAAACUUCUUGGCCACUCUCAUUAAGCUUGCAUCGCACAAUUCUCCGUCGCCUGAGACCUCCAAGAACGUCAAAGCUCUGGUGCAAGACCUGCUGGAUGCCAAGAUUGAGCCAGAGGAGUUCACGAGCCGGCUGCAAACUGAGCUCAAGUCGUCCCCUCAGCCUUACCUGGUGCCCUUUCUUAAGAAGAGCCUCCCGGCCCUGCGUUUGUCUUUGCUAAACAGUCAGCAGUCCCUGAUCCAGCCGCCACAGCAGGGCAUCAAACCAGUGGUGUCUGUCGCAAGUGGGCCAACCGUCCACAUACGCCACCCGAACAGCAUCGGUGCCACCACAGGUGCCAGUGCACUGCCUGCUGGUACAGUGGGCCAUGGUGCCACUGCGGGUAUGAAGACCACAGGACCCAUGGGCGGACAAGUCCGGGUGCCUGUGAUGAUCACGCAGUCCAUGAGAACUCAAGGCACGAUGGGUAAGGUAGGCACCUUCCAAGCAGGCAGAAGUCCAGUGGGCAUGGCUGUUCAGAUCCCCGGCAAUCAAAAAAACAAGCUCAACGACCCCGGAGGAGGCUCUUUCAGAGAUGACGACGACAUCAACGACGUGGCCUCAAUGGCGGGGGUCAACCUGAACGAGGAGAGCGCCCGUAUACUCGCCACGAACUCCGAGCUGGUCGGCACGCAGAUCCGCUCGUGCAAGGAUGAAGCCUUCAUGCACCCCGGGCUGCUCCACCGACGCAUCCUGGAAACAGCAAAGCGCUUUGGCGUCAUGGACGUACCCAUGGAAGUGGUGACAUUCAUCUCGCACGCGGCACAGUCACGACUCCGCACCGUUGUGGAAAAGGUUUCAGCCAUAGCGCAGCACAGACUGGACUCCUGCAAGGACGACGAGUGCUACGAGCAAUCGGGCGACGUGCGCUCUCAGCUGCGCUUCUUCGAGCAACUAGAGAGGAUGGAGAAGGCGAGAAAGGACGAGCAGGAGAGAGAGAUCCUCUUGAAAGCCGCCAAGAGCCGCUCGAGGCAAGAGGACCCAGAGCAAGCUCGACUGAAACAGAAAGCCAAGGAGAUGCAGCAACAGGAACUUGCCCAGAUGAGGCAACGGGACGCUAACCUCACGGCGCUAGCGGCAAUUGGACCCCGCAAAAAACGCAAAGUGGACUCGCCGGGGGCCACGCCAUCAGGGACUGAGCUGUCGGGCAGCGCGGCGGGCUCUCCGGCCGGCUCGUCAUCGGCGGCUACCCCCACGUCUCGCCAGUACACCCGUCAGCGCAUCACCCGCGUCAACCUCAGGGACUUCAUCUUCUACUUGGAGCAGGAGCCAAACGCGGCCCGUUCAUUGCUGCUCUACCGCGCCCUCCUCAAGUAG